GCAGCUUGACAAUGUGAAAAAACAACCACGCAAAUAUUUUUUAAUGUAACCUGUUUGUUCAGAAACUGCUCAAACCAGUAAUUUGGCUGUGACUAAUUAGACUAGCGAUUUGUAGCUUCAAACAAGCAUCUUGGGGUUUCAAAAUAUCUCUGUACUAGUAGCUCUCGCACAAAGCGUUCAGCUAGAAUCGCUUUCCCUCAGUUUUCCUUUCCAUACUCCCUCAUUCCCACGCACACAUCUCGUAACCUGGCUCCAUCAACACCUCCUGUUCCUCCUUCUGUCCCAGCUGUCACUGAAGAUGGAGGGUGAGAAGGGAACAUUAGAGGCAGGUACCAAAGAGCAGCCUGAUACGACGGGUCCCCUGACAGUCGAACAGCUGGCAGCUAUAGAGGAUGAAGAGAUCCUCAAUAAUAUGCUAGAUAAGGCUGUGGAUUUCGAGGAGAGGAAAAUGAUCCGCGCUGCCAUGAGAGAACUGCUGAAGAGAAAGAGGGAGCGGCGUGAUAGGGAGCGGGUGGCCCGGAUGGAGACCCUGCGUCAGCAGGGUGGUGGAGGAAAGACAGCUGCUGGACUGAAUAAGGACCAGAAACCCGCUAAUGGUCCGAGCGGCGCUCAGUACAAAGCACACAGGAUGGCUCAGGCAAAAACAUUUUCUCCACCAACCUCUACUUCCUCUCCAAAAGCUGUGGGCAGCCCGGCUCAGUCCCAUGCAGCCAGGGUUAAAGUGCCAGGCGGCUCGGCGGUCGGGGGCCCAAAUACCAAAGAUGUCAAACAGAUGCUGCUGGACUGGUGCAGAGUCAAGACUGAACCAUAUGAGGGUGUGAACAUCCAAAAUUUCUCAUCUAGCUGGGCAGACGGUCUGGCGUUUUGUGCCCUGGUGCACAGGUUCUUCCCAGAGAGCUUUGAAUAUUGCACUCUUGACCCCUAUGAUCGCAGGGCCAACUUUGAGAAGGCAUUCAAGACUGCAGAGAGGCUAGCUGACUGUCCUCCCCUGCUGGACGUUGAUGACUUGAUGCGGAUGCGAGAGCCAGACUGGAAGUGUGUGUACACGUAUAUCCAGGAGUUUUACCGCUGCCUAGUAGAGAAAGGCCUUGUCAAGACUAAAAAGAAGAUGCCAUAGAAACCUUCGCAUUUUGAGUGUUUUCACUCUAAAUAACCAAAAGACUAUAACAUGCACACAACAUCGCGCACACGUGACCUGACCUGAAGCUUCUACCAAAGAUCAGUCUAUUAUGUACUUAUGCUCUUCUCUGUUUCAUAUGUACACGUAUGCAGUGGAUGAGGAUUAUAACCUGCGUGUUUUGUGCUCUGGUACAGCUGGGGCUCUGAAACAGUGCAUUCCACUGAGAUUACAC